UUUAUCUUUUUUACUUUUUUGCAAGCGUAAACAAAACAACAAAUAAUAAUUGUUACUUCAUUUGUUUGAUUAUGUUUUAAAAUUAAAAUGCCUACUUGCUUGGUUUGCAAAAAGAACGACGUGCCACUAGAUAAAAUCAACGACGACGAGAAUUGGAACAGGUCUAGUACUGCAAAAGCUGAUUUAAAAGAGCUAUUUGGAGAUCAGAUCAAGUAUUAUAUAGCGUAUGAUAGUAGCAUUUGUCAUAAGUGUACGAAUGUUCUUAAGAACACGGCAAAAGUGAAAGCAUAUAUUUGGAAACUUAUGACGCACGAGACUUCCAAUUACAAUACAACAAACAUGCAUAGCUAUUUAUCUAAAUUUGAUGAUGACGAUUAUAGUGAUGAAGACCUGGAAAUGACUGAAAGAACUGCUACACCAAAAUUAUUAGCAAGAGCUGAAACAGAGCCAUAUAAUGAGGCAGAGGAGGAAAAAUUUGCUGAAAGAGAGAGAAUGAAGAGUUUAAGUAGGUCAAAUAGUUAUUACGGUAUAGAAGACCAUCGCACACCAAAGAAGAGGAAAAAAAGAGGAACCGCCUUUCGACUGACGUAUAGGAAAGGUUCUUCAGUGAGGAGUUCGAGUUCCCGCUCUCGAACUAGUUCCAGAUCACGAUCAAGGUCUGUUAGUAGUCGUAAGAGUGUCAGCAGUACUUCAACAGGCGUGACCACAAAAAAUUCCGGAAGGUACUCAUCCCGCUCUCAUUCGACGAAAAGUACACGAACUAUUAAUACGAGAUUAUAUCUACGCGAACAGGCGGAAGAAGGCCGUUUAAAUAUUUAUAGUUACCACUGUACGGUGGAUAAGUGCGAUGUGGGCUAUAAUGACAUGGACUUCAUGGAUCAACACAACGUUUACGAACAUAAAAUGCGCCGUCUCUUCAAUUGCGAAGAAUGUGGCUUAUCAUAUACAACAGCACCACUUUUAAAAGAGCACAAGAUGAAACACUACACGACAUAUUUCUUCUGUCCAUACUGUGGAGAGAAACAGUUUGGAGCGGAUGAUCUGCGUCAACACAUGGACAAACACUCCGAAUAUUCUGUAGAUUGUAAAUACUGUGACAAAUCUUUCUUGAGUUCAACGUUGAGGAACGAACAUUCAAGAAUUAAACACAAAGGAGAGACACAGAAAAAGAAGAAGAGCGAAAGACUAAUUCUAGCCCGGCUCGACAAGCCAAAAUAUACGGAAAAGCGACCUGUGGUAGAUACGUCAUAUAAAGUUAGGUAUUUAGGUACUAAAGAUUAUGAUGUAUUGUAUAUGAAUAAUGAACAAGACAAUGGGAACAAUUAUUCAGUAGAAGUUGAUGAACCAGAAAGUAUUGAAGAAUCAGCGGAUCAAGAUGGCGAGACGGCAAUACAAGAUGGUGCAUCCUCGUCAUCCGUUCUUUCUCGAUUGUCCACAGAUCAAGAAGGCAACAAUACAAUGGAAGAAGUUGCAGAUCCCGAUAGUAACAACGUAACAGAAGAAGCUGCACCAACAGAAGACGCUGCACCAACAGAAGAAGUAGUUGAUGGAAUAGCCAGAAAUGGGGAGUAUUAUUGGUCAGAUGAAAUAGUCAGAAAUUGGAUGGAUUUGAAACAAUCCUUGGUACAUGGGACGUAGCCCUACAUCUAAUGGCCGGUUUCACCAACGACGAAUAGUAGUUUAUUCAAUGAAUAAAGUUAUUCGACCAAUAAAACUGACACAUCUACGUUUCACUAACGUUAAAUAUGACUUUAUUUAUUUAUCACAUAAAUAUUUUCUCUUCGAAUAAAUUGACAAAUGAAUCUCGCUUUAACCCUUUUCUUGACAAACUGAUAUAAAAAUGUGAAAACUGUGUUUUCUUUCUAUUAAUGCCCAUUUAGAAUUAUUUAAAAAUUUAUGAAAUAAAUAUUUCACCUUUAAUUUAUUCCUAAGUACCAAAUUUGAAUUUGUUACAAAUUUGUUAUAUUGCCAAGAAUACCAUACCCCUUGUUAUCACUGAUGGUCCAUGCAUUUUCUAAAGUUUGAACCGAUUGCUCAGAAUAAAGUUGAAAUUUGUUUUAUCUGAGUUCAUGGGAGUGAUCUCGCGUCCCCCCAUUAAAUUUUAGGGAAAUAAAAUUCUUUAAAUAUAAAAAAAAAGUUUGUAAUUUUAAAAUAGAAUUAUGUGUUUAUAAAAUAUAAUUAUUAUAUUCUAAAAUCAAAUCCUUUUAAUUUAGGUAACUCCUUAUUUGUGAUGAUAUGCGUAAAAACAGUUUCCUUUGCCAGUCAGACAAAGUCGCCUACCCCUUCACAUUUUGUGCACUGAAAGAAAGUAGUGCCUGACUUACAAAACAUAUAAAUAAUUUUGUGUACCCUUUUUUUAAACCUAUCUAUCUGCAAAACAAAUAAAAUUGCAUAAAAAUAUUGCAGAGAUAAAAAAAUCUACGUUGGGAAAAAAUAUAACCGUAACUUGGCAAUGUAACAAAGGGCCUAGCCGGGUAAGAUGAUGAAAACUGCCCCCAACUCGAUACAAAUUCCAUAUAGGUCACCGUUUAGCAUAUAUAGUGAAACUAACUUUCUGAAAUUUUUAGCCCCCUAAGUGGUCAUGUGACCCACCUAGAGCCUAAUUAGGGUUUUUAUGAUUUUAUUUUUUAUCUCGGCCGCAUCGAGAACUAGCGAAAAACUUUAAAUAAGCUCUAAUUUUAAAAGUUGUCUCCGAAAUUUUUUUUUUAAUUUUUGGCGGCAAAUUUAAAUUUUAGAACGAUUUUAAAGUUUUAAAUAAGUAUAAAAACAUAACUAAGACAUUCGUUUUCACGAAAAAAAUAUAUAACGUAAUAUUUCACCCUGAAUUUUUUCAAAUUUUUAAAAUUGAUGAAACGCACCUUUAAAAAUAAAAAAACCGCAUUUUUUCGUUUUUAUUUUGUUUUUUGAUACAAUUUUCAUAUUUUUCAAAAAAGGUAACACCAUUACUAGAAUAGGUAAAAAACUGAAAAAUAAUUGGGGUUUGCUUAAUAAAAAUUUUUUGUAAGCCAUCCAUUUUCAAGAUACAGGGCGUUGAAGAAAACAAAAUUUUACACAUUUUAACGAUUUUGCCGAAACUACUGGCAACAUUGUAAUAAAACUUGGCGGGUUUUAAGAGGUAGUUAUAGUGCAUGUUUUGACAUACAAUUAAUGAUUUGAUAUUAUAUGAAAUAAAAUACUACUAUUAGUAGUUUCUACAUCUAUGUACCGGGUGUCCCAAUAAGAAUGGCUCUCGGCCAUAUCUCAGGAACCGUUUAUAGUAGAGCUUUGAAAUAAAAAAUUUUAUAACAAAAGUUGCUUCAGGAAAAGCCUGGAAAUUAUUUUCAUAAUUGUGGGACCACCGCUAGAGGGCGUAAUUGAAUAUCAAAAAUUAAAAAAUCUAAAUUUUACAAAAUUUUCCUAAUGAAGGGGCACUGGAAAUCCGAUCGUCGUAUUCUUCAUAAAAUUCUACGCAUAUCUGAUUUGACAAGUUUAGAUCUACCUUUGGAAAUAAGAGGUGGGGGUGAGUGGGAACCUUGUUAUGAAAAACUGGCUGUGAGUCCGGUUCUGCUUAAUCAAAUUUUGCAAACUUGGUCUUGUUGAAGACAGAUCUUUUUCGUCAAUGUAAAAGUUAUGAUUUCGAACCAACUUACUGAGUAAUAUGCCAGCUAGAAGGCGUUAUUUAAUUUUUUUCAGAAAUCUAGUGUUCCUUGGAAAAUAUUAAAUACAAACAUGCAUUUCUAAUACCAUAUUACAAAAUUAGACAAAAUUAGCAACAGAAUACCGAAAACCGCAUGUUAAUACCUUUUUUCUAUCUAGAGAUAUCUUACAAAACGUGUAAAUUUAAAAACAUAACUGUUACUGUCACCGGUAAACGAAAUUCAUUAAAAGUAGUGUGCUAUGGAAAUAACAAAGAAACAUUUUCCAGCUGUCAAUGUAUAUUAGGUCUUUUCAACCCUUCUCAUUUGUUUCGAGCCUCGUUCAUAUCUCGUAUAUUAAUAUUAUACACGGAUUAUACGGCAUAUGACAGAGGCUCGAAACAAAUGAGAAGCGUUGAAAAGCCCUAUCACAAAGAAAUAAAAACAACUAUUUAGUGAUGACAUAAACGUUCAAAAUUUUGCCCAUCAUUUUCGUUGCAAACAUUUACUCUUUCAAGAGUAGAUUGAACAGCAGUCUCAAUUUCUGCUCUCGAUAUGCUUUGAAUGGCGUUUAGUAUUCUCUGGAUAAUGUAUUCUAGAGUAGUGUAUGAUGGGCAACAAUUUGAAUAUUUAGGUCGUCACUAAGUAGUUCUUUUUGUUCUGUGUUAUAUUUAAUUUUAAUAGUAUUGUUUCUCUUUAUAUUGUUGUUUUAAUUAAUUAUAUUUUUAUACGUUGACAUCUGGAAAAUAUUAUUUUGUUUUUUUCCACAGCACACUACUUUUCAUUAACUUAGUUUACCGGUGAUAGUAACAGUUAUGUAUAAAAUUUACACGUUUCUCGAGAUAUCUUGAGAUAGAAAAAAGGUAUCGACAUGAGGUUUUCGCUAUUAUAUUGCUAAUUUAAUCUAAUUUUAUAAAGUAUGAUUAAAAAUGCAUACUUGUAUUUAAUAUUUUCCAAAGAAAACUAGAUUUCUGAAAAAAAUUUAUUAACGCCUCCCAGCUGGCUUAUUACUUAUUAGGAUGAUUCAAAAUUAUCACGCUUACAUUGAAGAAAAAGAUCUGUCUUCAACAAGACCCAGUUUUCAAAAUUUGAUUUAGCAGAACCGGACUUACAGCCAUUUUUUCAUAACAAGGUUCCCACUCACUCCCACCUCUUAUUUGCAAAGGUAGAGUUAAACUGGUUAAAUAAAAUAUGCGCAGAAUUUGAUGAAGAAUACAAUCGGAUUUCCAGUGCCCCUUCAUUAGGAAAAUUUUGCAAAAUUUAGAUUUUUUUAUUUUUGAUAUUCAAUUACGCCCUCUAGCGGGGGACCCACGAUUAUGAAAAUAAUUUCCAGGCUUUGCCUGAGGCAACUUUUGUUAUAAAAUUUUUUAUUUCAAAGCUCUACUAUAAACGGUUCCUGAGAUAUGGCCGAGAGCCAUUCUUAUUGGGACACCCGGUAUAAAAACUAAUUCGAAUACUUUGGAAGCGUUAAGAUAUUUUAUUUUUUGUCACAAAUUGAACGAGGAAUUCAAAAACGAUUGUUAAUUUGAAAUAUGUCAGUGACGUACUAUCUUUUUUCUUUAAAAAGUUCAGACCAUUACCCCUAUGCGCGCCAAUGAUAAAUAUAAAAUUCUUAAUUGUAUGUCAAAAAAUGCACAACAAUUACCUCUUAAAACUCGCCAGAUUGUAUUACAAUUUUGCCAGCAGUUUCGGCAAAAUCGUAAAAAAUGUGUAAAAUUUUGUUUUCUUCAACAUCUGUAUCUUGAAAAUGGAUGGCGUUACAAAAAAAUUUUAUUAAGCAAACCCCAAUUAUUUUUCAGUUUUUUACCUACUCCAGUGGCGGUGUUACCUUUUUUGAAAAAUAUGUAUAAAAUUGUAUCAAAAAACGAAAAAAAAAGAAUGUGUGGUACUUUGUACGCACAUAAAAGUUAUACUUCUAUUAUAUGAUUUCUUAUACUUUAAACAGUUUGUUUUAAUUUUUUUAAACACCAAACUAAUUUUGUGCUUACCGCUUUCAAAAAAAUAAAAAAAAAGUGUAGGAUUGCUCUGGACUCGAACUCUAGACCUCUCGAUCUCUGGCCGAAUGCUAUACCAAAUACGCUACGAGGACUGUGUCUGUAUCGGUUCGGACGUACCUAAUGAUAAUUUACGGUAACAAACAGACUGGAAGGUGAAGUAUAAUAAAUAUACAAUAAAAUGUUUUUCCACCUACCUCUACCGAAAGUAUACUUUUCCGGACCUGAUUGUAGGGAGCAAAGUUGUACUUUUCCUCCCUAGGGAGGAAAAUAUUUUUCCUCCCUAGGGAGGAAAAGUAAAAGUGACGUCAUGGUAUUUCAUUCAUGAAAUAUAACUUAUUGACGCCCUGUAUAAUAUCUAUUUUCUAUUACGAAGUAUCUAUACAUUUUAACGUUUAUUUAUAAAACAUCCUGUAUUUUGCAGAAUGGUAAAAAACAGUAAAUUGUUAUUUUGAUUUAACAAUGUUUACAUUAAUAAUUUGACUUAUAUUUGACAGUUGACAGUUAUAUUGUACCAACUUGUUGUUUUAGUUCUAAUAAAUUUUGUUGGUUAGUUACAUAAAUAAAUUAAGUACAAAUGAAAAAAUUACUUGUUAUUUGAGGAAGGUGGAAAACCCAUAUGGAUAACAUGGGAGCAAAGUGCCUUUUCCUCCCUUGAAUGAUUACUGCCCUCCGCUACGCGUCGGGCAGUAAACUUCAUUCUCGGGAGGAAAAGUUACACUUUCCUCCCUUGUUAUACAAAUAGCUAUUAAUAAUACUCAUCUUACUCCUGAGGAAGACAAAUCCAAAGACACAAAAAUUAUAAUAAAUAUAUUGACUAAAAACACUAAUAUAUUCUUUUCACACCUUUUCUUGCACUGAUAUAUUUAUACAUAACUUGAAAGAUUCAGCAACUAAAGGCCAUACUGUCUGUGUGCGCAUGCGCGCAGUAUUUUGUUUUUUUUUUAAGUUUAAAGGUGCGUUUCACCAAUUUUAAAAAUUUGAAAAAAUUCAGGAUAAAACAUUAUGCAAAAAUACACGUUAUAUAUUUUUUUCGUGAAAACGAAUGUCUUAGUUAUUUUUUUAUACUCAUUUAAAAUGUUAAAAUCGUUCUAAAAUUUAAAUUUCCCGCCAAAAAUUAAAAAAAAAAUUUCGGAUAGAACUUUUUAAAGCUGACAACUUUUUUGUUUAAAGUUUUUCGCUAAAAGCCUAAUUAGGCUCUAGGUGGGUCACAUGACCACCUAGGGGGCUAAACAUUUCAGAAAGUGAGUUUCACUAUAUUAUAUGCUAAACGGAGACCUAUAUGGAAUUCUAAUCGAGUUGGGGUCAGUUUUCAUCAUCUUACCCAGCUAGGCCCUUUGUUACAUAUGUUUGACGACGUUUUUUGCAGUGGCGGCUAGUGAGGUAGUGCCAUAGAGCCAUGGCACUACCUUGGUAACUAUACAGAAACAUAUUUUUUAUCUUCAAUUCCUGUUAAUUUUUUUGUGUGUAUUUCUUUUGAUCUUCAUAAAUUAUAUAAAAUAUGGCAACUAUGGGCGUAAUACAAUCCCUGCCGAUAGCGGAGAGUAUUCGACAGGAGAAUCUCCUUCGUGCCGAAGUCAGUACCGGCACGAGUAGAGAGAGAAAGAUUUUACGAGCAUUCUAUGUAAGUGACAGAGAAAGAGCUACAUUGGACUAUUAGUAUACCUUAAAAUUAGAAUCUCUGUGCCAGGCACGACGGUAUGAUGUAAGGUCUAUUUAUUUUGAGUUUCUUUAUGUGCUGGUUUGUCGCUUUUAUUAUGUAUAUUUUCUGUUAAAACGUUUUUGUAUUUAUAAUUAAACUUUUAGUGCAUCAUGAUCGUGGGUAUUUUGAUAAUAUUUUGAUUAUUUCUUAAGUUUAAUUUAUUAAUUGACAAUGAAGAUUAGUAUCUUAAAAAAUUUUUUUGGUGGUUUUUCGCUAGAAAAAAAACUACAAAUGUUAUAAGGUGUUGUGGAGCUUUCAAGUUAGCUUUAAGAGGUCACGACGAAAAAGAAAAUUCAGAAAAUAGAGGCAUAUUUAAGGUGCUGGUCAAUUUUAGCGCCAAAGUACCAGAUCUUUCAAAGGUCUACCUUCUCCGGACAUUUAGUUGCUUCUAAUUUAUUUAUGUCGGAGAAGUUUUCUGCUUAUAAGCAUCAGUUUUUCGAAUCAUUUCUUAAUGAAACAUGGAGACAAUUUUAAUUUUUAAGCAAAACUCGGUUUAAAACUGAAUUAGAAGUAAGUACUGUAUUAGCGAGACGAAUUAAGUACUACCUCUGGGGCUGUUUCGCUAUCGGUUUUAUUGUAGAGGGAAGGUUUAAAAAGCACAUUUGAAGAAACUAUUAAACUUUUAAGUAUUUUAAGAACGCUUUCGAUGUUAAAACAUAGUGCUUUAGGUAUGCUAUCUGCAGAAAAGCAUUUUGUAAAUUGUAUUGAUAAUUUUAAUUAUAAAGUCAUUGAAAGCUUUGCAACGAAAAAGUAGAAGAAUGAACUUCAUACAUCGUAAACUUUAAAAGUGACAUUAUAAAAAUUUUUGCAUGUGUGUGAAUAAUGAAAUAGUAUUAUUUUUAUAAAUUGGUAAAUAGAGACUAAAUCGUAAUAACAAUUUUCAAGCACUGUCACUAUCAGCAGUAAAUGCUGGUAGUAGGUUAAGAGGUUUUUAUUAUUAAUUAAUUUACGGAACUCUUUUGAUCAAUGUUGGACAAUUGCUUGGCACCUCAGAUCAAUAAAUUUAAGAUACAUAAGAUAAAAGUAUCCGCGCAUAUUUUUUUAGUUUUUGUUGUCAGUAUACCUUUUUUAACAAUAUCGUGAAUCCAUCACUAAAAAUUUUGGCGGCUGCCCGAGUUCUGGCACUACCUUCUUAAAGUGGUACGAGCCGCCACUGGUUUUUUGAUAGUUCAAUAAACAAAAAAAACAACUAAAGCGUAGACGCUCUAUUUAUAGGAUAAUUGAACAAUAUAAAACAAUCACCAAAAAAAAAUAAAAAAAACACUAUUUUUAUAAAAAAUUAAAAGUUUGUAAAAAGAGUGGAGAACCUUCUCGAAAAUGCAACAGAUGACAGAUGGCAUCAAUUAGAAUUUGUCAGAAAUCGGUAAUAAUAAAAAGAUAAGUUGACUGUUAUUAGUACAAAAUGUGAGUAACAAAAUGCACCUCAAGUCAUCUAGAACUCACCUAGGACCCAAAAUGAAAAUGUUACAAAGUUACGUUGUCAAGAAGAGGGUUAAAUAACAAAGAAAAUUCGUCAGUUUAACUUGAAAGUAUCAAAAUUGUAUUGAAACACAAUAAAAAUUUAAUCGACUAAAAAUGUUAUUCAACGAAUAACUAUUCAUUGAUUUAUUUGUUGGUGAAACCGGUCCCUACUAAAUAUAAAUGCUAUUCGUCAAAUAUCAAAUUUUAUCAAUAUGAUACGAGGUAUGUCAAAAAAAAAUUAUUUCGCUCGAGAGUAAAGUCACUUUUAUUCUUUUAUUAUUUUAGUCCUCGUAUAAAAUUGACAAAAUUUGAUAUCUCACGGUUGGAUCUUACGUUUUAUGUUUAAUUUAGGUUUUAUAUACGCUUUAUAUGUAUAAGAAGUAUGUAAGUACAUACUACCACCGUGAUAGUACAAUUUACAACUUAUUAAGUGGAACUUAAAUAAAAAUAUUUGUUUAUAUUUUAUAUUUUCUCUUAAAAUAAAGUACAUAUAUGUAUAUAUUAAAUAC